UCUCUCUCUCUCUCUCUCUCUCUCUCUCUCAAACCGCCGGAGAAAACAAUAAAAAUGAAAACAUCUCAUCCGCCGCCUCUCUCGCGUCGCAGACCUAGCCUCCGAAUUCUCCAUCCGCCGAUCUACCUCCUCCUCCUUACGCAUCCGCCGCGGUCACCAUCGUCCCCACAUGCAACCGCCGUGGUCUAUUUGUCCGGCGAGACGAGUCAACACCGUCCCGCCGGUCACGUACCCGUCUACGUCGGCGAAGAGAUGGAGCGGUUCGCGGUGAGCGCUGAGCUCCUGAACCAUCCUGUCUUCGUCGGACUGCUCGACAGAUCCGCUCAGGAGUACGGCUAUGCUCAGAAAGGAGUCCUCCACAUCCCCUGCCACGUCAUCGUUUUCGAGCGCGUGGUGGAAACUGUCAGGUUGGGGUUCAACGACUCCGGGGAGAUACAGGAACUCGUCGCGUUGUUGCUCUCAGGCGAUGAGCUGAUAGCUGGAACUACAGAGUAGCUCUCGUGAUAAGAAUCUAAACGGCGAUUCUAUGUUUUCUCAGAUUAUGUAAAUAUUAUACAAAUUUUUAUUUUUCUUUUAUUUCUAAGAUAUUUUGGGAUUA